CUGGGAUCGCCCUCUCGGCGUUCGGCUGCCCUGGCCUCGGUCGCUAUGGUGACGGGCCGGGUUUUCCAGGCCGCAGGAUGUCGACGGCAUCCAAGGUGGCUCUCGGUGUUUCCGCGGUGUUGACAGUGGGGACGGUGGCCGGGGUUCACCUCAGGCAGAAGCUGGAGAGGGAGAGAUUGCGAGAAGGGGUUUACAGAGAUCUUGAACGACAGCAGCGCAAAAAAGAAAACAUUCGGAUCCUGGAAGAACAGAUUAGUCUGACAAAAAAGCUGGAAGCUGAUCGACUCAAGCAAAGUACCUUGGCUUCUGGGAGUUCCCAACAAGUUAGAAAGCAAUAACCUGUUUUUUCCCUCUAACAUGGAUUAAUGACUUUGGAUGCUUAAUUGAUGAUGGAUAUUUUCCCUUAUGGUGGGAAAAACACAGUAGAAUUAAUUAACAAAUUACUUUAGAUGUACAAAGCUGCUCCUUAGCUGUUGGACAAAUUUACCUG